AUGAUCGAUAGCAACACAACAUUUUCCGAAAGUCACACCUACCACCACUGUGGACAAUCAGUUUUAUUUCGUAUAGUUCCCGUGACUGUAACAGGACCGUCAAAAUCCAUUGAUACCUUUGCCUUCCUGGAUGAAGGUUCAUCAGCAACACUGUUAGAAAAAAGCUUGGCGGAACAAUUGGAUCUGCAGGGACCAGUAAUCCCACUGUGCCUAAAAUGGACAGCCGAUAUGUUUCGUUCUAAAGAAAUGUCGGAGAUAGUAUCGGUAGAGAUAUCGGAAUUGAAAGGCAAGAGAAAAUAUCGUUUGAACAACGUUAGAACCGUGGACCGCCUGAGCCUACCGACUCAAACGCUCUGUUUUGAAGAACUUCAACGGAAGUACAAGCAUUUAAGCGGACUACCGAUCCGCAGCUACAAGAAAGCUGUUCCUCGUUUGUUGAUCGGAUUGCGCAAUCUAUCGCUAGCGGUGCCACAAACAAUCAAAGAAGGAAGAGGAGGUCCGAUAGCGGUGAAAACACGCAUAGGCUGGUGCGUAUAUGGAAGCAUGUCGGAAGAUUUCGCAGAAAAUCAUUACAAUUAUCAUAUUUGCGAAUGCGAUAGUGGAGAUGGACUGGACAAUCUGAUUCGCGAAUACUUCGAUGCAGAAGAAAUUGGAUUACGGAAGAUGGAGCAUCUGGAAUCGGAUGAGGUGCAAAGAGCGCGAUGGAUUCUGGAGCAAACCACUCGUAGAGAAGCUAACCGUUUCUCAACAGGGCUGUUGUGGAAACACAAUCAAGUCGAACUUCCCGACAGCUUUCCAAUGGCCCUGCAACGAUUGAAGUGUUUGGAGAAACGCAUGACUCGUGAUCCAGUUCUGAAGGAAAACCUGCACAGGCAGCUGCAGGAGUAUCAGGACAAGGGUUAUGCGCACCCUGCCACAGAAAUGGAGCUGAACGAAUCCGACCCCAGACGAACAUGGUACCUUCCGUUGGGUGCCGUUAUAAAUCCCAAAAAGCCAACCAAGGUACGACUGAUUUGGGACGCAGCAGCGAAAGUUGAAGGAGUGUCGCUGAAUACGUUUCUUCUGGCUGGACCCGACCUUCUCGUUUCACUACCCUCGGUUCUGUUCCGAUAUCGACAAUUUCCAGUAGCAGUCUGCGGUGACCUAAAAGAAAUGUUUCAUCAAAUAAAGGUCAUCGCAGCUGACCGCCAAGCCCAGCGAUUUCUAUGGCGCGAUACCAUUGAAGAACCCCCAAAAAUCUUCGUUAUGGACGUCUUGACUUUUGGGUCAACCAGUUCACCUUCAUCUGCCCAAUUCGUCAAAAACAAGAAUGCGCAAGAGCACGAGGCCCAGUUUCCAAGGGCGACCGAAGGAAUCAGAAAAUCACAUUAUGUUGAUGACUACCUCGAUAGUUUCGAGAACGCGGAGCAGGCUAAACUGGUUACAGAGCAGGUUCGUUAUAUACACAGCAACGGUGGAUUUGAAAUUCGUAAUUGGUUAUGCAAUGAGAGGAAAGUUUUGGAGCAUUUGGGUGAACGUUCGAAGGCUUCGACAAAAGACUUGACAGCUGCAGGCGGUGAUGAUUCGGAUAGAGUGCUGGGAAUGCUCUGGCAGACGGAAACAGAUAUGCUGCGGUUUUCUACGACGUUCCGGGUUGAAAUAGAUGCACUCAUUCGUUCGACAAGUGGACCGACUAAAAGGCAAAUACUCAAGACCGUAAUGAGCCUCUUCGAUCCACUAGGGCUCCUUGCGUCUUUUCUGGUGCAUGGGAAAAUAAUUAUGCAGGAGGUAUGGCGAAGAGGUAUAAAAUGGGACGAGUACGUGGGUCAGCGAAUCGAACAAAGUUGGCGAAAAUGGAUCGAGUUACUGGACGUUGUAAGGAGAAUUGAGAUACCACGAUGUUACUUCGCAAAUGCCACCACCGAACGUUACCAAACUCUGCAAGCGCACUUGUUUGUUGAUGGCAGCAAAGCAGCGUAUACUGCAGUCGUGUACUUCAGGAUUAUCGAUAUGGAAGGUAACCCACAAUGCUCGCUCGUGACCGCUAAAACCAAGGUCGCUCCUUUAAAGUAUGUGUCUAUACCGCGCUUGGAAUUGAUGGCCGCCGUCUUAGGAGCUCGCUUGUUAACGUUUGUGGUAGAGAAUCACACGAUUCCAAUUCAACAGCGCUUCUGCUGGUCUGAUUCCAACACAGUAUUGGCCUGGCUUCGUUCGGAACAUCGCCGCUAUAAACAAUUUGUGGCUUGUCGCGUAGGAGAAGUGCUGACGUUGACGAAUGAAAACGAAUGGCGGUGGGUCCCAAGCAGAUUAAACAUCGCAGACGAGGCCACCAAAUGGGGCAAAGGGCCAUGCUUCGACGCUGGUAGUCGUUGGGUCCAAGGACCGGAGUUCUUGAGCAGGGCGGAGGAACUGUGGCCUAAAGCAGUUGCGUCAACAGUUUCCACCGAAGAGGAAUUACGUCCAUGCCACUUGUUCCACGAAGUGAUUACGCCGAUGGUCGAUUUUAAACGCUUUUCCAAUUGGAACAGGCUGCUACGAACAGUAGCAUUUGUUUUCCAUCUUUUCACCGUUCAUAAAGCCAAUAAAGCAAGUACUAUAAUGGGGAAGGAACCGACCUACGAAGAUUUGAGAGCAGCCGAAAUCCAGAUUCUGAAAAUGGUACAGUGGGCCGUCUAUCCAGAUGAAAUGAGUAUCAUAACUAGAAACUUAAAUCGGGCGGAGGAUCAGCGUAGCGCACUCGAUAAGUCAAGUUCUAUCUACAAGCUUACACCGAUGAUAGAUGAAACCGGAGUUCUGCGGAUAGACAGCCGUACUGGGUCAGCACAUGUGGAUGCAUUUGACCUCAAAUAUCCUGUCAUACUUCCCCGGAAGCAUCAUGUAACUUACUUGAUCGUGGACUACUACCACAAGAAGUUCCUUCACGGAAAUGCCGAGACGAUCGUAAAUGAACUUCGUCAAAAAUAUUACAUUCCCCGGAUUCGAGUUAUCGUAAGAACGGUGACAAGAUUGUGUCAAUGGUGCAAGGUAUACAAAUCGCAACCGGUUGUACCAAGAAUGGGUCCACUACCUGAAGCUCGUUUGUCUCCCGGAGUGCGUCCGUUCAGUUAUAUCGGCAUCGACUACUUCGGACCAAUUCUCGUCAAGGUAGGCAGGUCCAAUGCGAAAAGAUGGGUCUGCCUCAUUACAUGCUUAACAAUCCAUGCUGUACCUGUAGAAGUCGCUUAUGAUUUGUCUACUCAGUCCUGUAUCGCUUGCAUCCGCAGAUUCAUAUGCAGAAGAGGAGCGCCGUUGGAGAUAUACUCCGAUAAUGGGCGAAAUUUUGUCGGAGCAGAUAGUAUUCUACAAGAGCAAAUCAAACGCAUCGAUAAAGUAGCUGCAGCAACAUUUACGAACACGGAGACGAAAUGGUUUUUCAUACCUCCAUCCGCUCCCCAUAUGGGAGGCUCAUGGGAGCGUCUGGUACGCUCAGUCAAGACAGCACUGAUGAGUAUACCACAGGAUAGAAAAUUCGACGAUGAAGCAUUAUUGACUCACCUUUUGGAAGCUGAAUCAAUUGUUAAUUCAAGACCGCUCACUUACUUGCCGCUUGAUUCUCCGGAACAGGAGGCGCUAACCCCAAAUCAUUUUCUCUUGGGCAGUUCGAGUGGUGUUAAGCAACCUUCUGUAGAUUUGGGAUGCCCAGACCAAGUGCUCCGUAACAGCUGGGCGCAAAUACAAGAAAAGUUGGACCAUUUUUGGAAGCGUUGGAUACGGGAGUAUCUACCAACUCUAACGAGGCGAACCAAAUGGUUUAGCGAAGCUAAACCUGUCAAUUCCGGCGACAUAGUGGUCAUCAUCGAAGAUAAGAAACGUAACGGGUGGACGCGUGGACGGGUUCUGGAUGUGACGAAAGGAAGAGAUAGCAGAAUUCGACAAGCUGUAGUUCAAACUUCAAGAGGGUUGUUCCGAAGACCGGUCUCCAAAUUGGCGGUACUAGAUGUCGCGAAUGGCUGUAACGCUGAGGUCAUCACUCAUCCUUACGGGGAGGGGAAUGUUGGAGACGUUACCCCGCAUCUGGCAACCAUGCCAACUGAUGUCUAA